AUGCACGUGACUUCUCCAGCUGACAAAUUGCACUCACAAGUUCCAUCAGCACAUCUCUUUUCAAUACUGGCAAUAGAAUUGCAAAGCUUACAAGCUUGUGAGAUGGCGACUUCAUCAUCGGCGAUACAGGGUUCAAAAGAGCUCCUUCAAGGAAAGGUUGCCAUAGUAACAGGAGCCUCCAAUGGUAUUGGUGUUGGCAUUGCUUUGGAGCUAGCCAAAGCUGGUGUAUCAGUGUGCCUGGCAGCCAGACGAGAAGAAAAAUUACAAAGCGUGAAAAAUCAGAUCGAAGAAGUUGGAGGGAAAUCCAUGUAUGUGAAAACUGACGUCACAGUUAGACAACAGGUUAAAGAUUUAGUCAAGAAGACAGAAGAAGAAUUUGGUGCUGUAGAUAUCCUGGUCAACAAUGCUGGAGUAGGAUAUAUCACAUACAUGAAGAAUCUACAUGAAGAUGCAUGGGAGAAAAUGGUUGAUGUUAACUGCAAAGGAGUAUUGAAUGGGAUAGGAGCAGUUCUUCCAGGAAUGAUUGAAAGACAGAGAGGACAUAUUGUUAAUAUAUCAUCUAAUGCAGGCAGAGUGGCAUUCCCAUUACUAGCAGUAUACACAGGAAGUAAAUUCUUUGUUGAGGGUGUGUCAAGGUCAUUACGUAUGGAGGUCAAAGAUCAGGGCAUUAAGGUCACAUGCAUUCAGGCGGGAGAUGUGGUAACAGACUUUGGAGAUGUGUCCUUUGAUAAAGAGGCAUUGGAGGCAUAUGGUGUAGUAGAUGAGAAGAAAUGCAUGAAGCCAGAAGAUAUAGGUAGAGCCAUAGUCUAUGCAGUCAGUCAACCACAAUGUGUAGGUGUAAAUGAAAUCUUGAUAGAACCAACUCAGUUACCUUAUGUAUAGGUCUUUCUAAAUUACAUUCUGAAGUCCACUACACUGCCAAACUUGAUCUAAGCUAAAAUUUAAUAGUGAAAUAAGUUGGUAAAAAUAGAAGCCUUGACUUCAAGAGAAAUGCCAGUAACUGCAGUAAACACUGAUUU